GUACGUUCAAGGGAAGGUUCAUGGAUACAUUGGCCUCCGGCUCCUCCAAAGGUGACAAGCCAGCAAGCGCAAGGCUGUUUGAAGUCAACAAAUUGCUGUAAAGCCCAGGUCUUGAGCGUGGCGAAACUUGAGGCUGACUCGUAGACAUGUGCUUGUGAUCGAGUCCUCGAGAUCCAUGCUGAGUUCAGUAAAUAUCCACGAUGGGAGCUAAGUACAAGUCACGAUCCCUGGAAAUCCUACGUUUGAGUGUGCCCGUAUUACCUAAUGCGCGUAGGUAUAGUAUACUACAGUGAUUGGGAUGACUGCCAGCGUCUCUGUUCCUUGAAGAGUGGCUCACUACCACUACUCAGCGACGAGACGAGACAAACCGAGAACACAGGUCUAAGCAACUUUCAAAACCAGUCUACUAAACCCUGUUGAUCGUGGCUAGCAACCUACUCAUGUUUCUAGUUCAUGUAACCCACGUCUUAAGGCUACAGAGGGAAUAAUUGCACAGAGGUUCCACGUGCAGAUCUGCCGAAGUCUUCCAUCUGCUUGUGUUUUGACUCCAUUUGAGCAAAUAUCUACAACCAGGAAUACCAGCCUUUCCUCGCCUUUUUCUCUUUCAAGCCGCUAACUGUUGAGUGACCCCGAGUCAACUUCAGUUGGAACUACUAGUACCUUACCUAUGCUUUUAGGGUGGCUCGGGUGGGUACCUCGAGCACGGACAAGUUUCUCUGUGUCCUGUAAUGUAACCACGGCUAUUGGUUCCGUGGACCUCGGUAUCUGAUUGAGGUACAAUUCCCCAGAUCGUCCAGGUUGGGCCAGCCGUGCGAAGUGGAAUCCACAUUUGAAUACCUCUUCUCGUUCCAAAAUAUAAUCCUCUGGGACCAGAUUGUAUUCAAACCUUUCUAUGUACAUCUCCCUGUCAUCUCUUCCCAGAGUAUCAAUCAGACACCAUGCCCCACAAAACUCUUACUCGUGACGAGGUUGCCACAAACAAUACCGAGGACUCCCUGUGGUUUGUUAUCGACAGCAAAGUCUACGAUGUCACUGAUUUCCUUGAUGCGCAUCCUGGCGGAGAAGCAGUGCUAAAGCAAGUUGCUGGAUCCGACGCCACGGAAGCUUUCUACAAUCUUCAUCGACAAGAAGUUCUCCAAAAGUACUCGGACCUUUGCAUCGGCACUAUUGAUGGCGAGAAGUCAAAGGUCAUUGAACACAAACCGGGAGACUUAAGCCCUGUUCCCUAUGCAGAGCCAACAUGGCUCACGCCACAGUUCAAGAGUCCGUACUUCAAAGACAGCCAUCGCAGAUUACAGAAAGCCAUGCGAAUAUUUGUCGAUACUGAGGUGUACCCCGUUGCACAAGAAUGCGAGAAGACAGGAAAGCACAUUCCCCAGGAGCUUAUCGACAAGAUGUCCAAGAAGGGCAUAUUGCACAUGCGGCUGGGACCCGGAAAGCACCUAAAUGGCGUCGAUUUGAUGGAUGGUGCUGUGAAGGGAGAAGAAUUCGACUAUUUUCAUGAUAUGAUCGUUGGCCAAGAAAUGACAAGGGCUAAUGCAAGAGGAUUUCAAGACGGAAAUUUGGCAGGUAUGACUAUCGGUCUCACAGCAGUCUUGCAAUUUGCGAACAAUGAAGCGUGGAAGAAUAAGAUUGCUCAAGAAGUCUUUUCUGGCAAGAAGAAGAUCUGCCUGGCUAUUACAGAGGCCUUUGCUGGCUCUGAUGUUGCGGGAAUUCGAACGACGGCGGAAAAAACACCAGAUGGGAAGCAUUACAUCGUUAACGGCUCCAAGAAAUGGAUCACAAAUGGGGUGUUCUCGCAAUAUUUUGUUGUUGGCGUGAAGACUGACAAGGGCCUUUCUGUUUUACUCAUUGAGCGAGGCCCCGGGCUGGAGACCUCCGCAAUCAAGACGAGUUAUUCUGCUGCUGCUGGAACGACAUUCAUUACAUUCGAUAAUGUCAAAGUGCCCGUAGAGAACCUCUUAGGUGUCGAGAACAAGGGAAUCCACGUCAUAUUGUCAAAUUUCAAUCACGAGCGUUGGAUGAUGGUCUGUGGAGUUACUCGGAUGAGCAGACUUGUGACUGAAGAGUGUAUGAAAUGGAGCAACCAGAGGCUGGUGUUCGGAAAGACCCUUAUGGACCAACCUGUUAUCCGCCAGAAGCUCGCCAAAAUGAUCGCACACUGUGAAGCAAAUCAGGCAUGGCUAGAGAAUAUUACAUACCAAAUGACUCUGAUGCCAUACAAGCAGCAAUCUACACAUCUUGCUGGCCCUAUUGGUCUGCUGAAGAUGUUUGCCACUCGCUCUGCGCAUGAGAUUGCCGAUGAGGCUGUUCAGAUCUUCGGCGGUAGAGCCUUGACGCAGACGGGAAUGGGUAAAACAAUUGAAAUGUUCCACCGGACCUACAAAUUUGAUGCAAUUUUGGGUGGCGCGGAAGAGAUUCUAGGUGAUUUGGGUGUUCGGCAAGCAGUCCGUAACAUGCCUCGUAGUAUGCUGUGAAAAGGGGAGCGAGAUGUGCAGCCAUGGAUGAUGGAUGUAAUGGUAGCUCCUGAAGGCCACAAGUGAGCUGAUGCCAAGGAGUCCUAUAAUGAUGGCGUUGUAGAGACACGGUAAUGACAUUUGGACGUCCGAAUCAAGUACUUUUUCUCGGGUUUCAACUGCCGGUCUUCCGGAGUGUCCUGAUUGCCAGAUGUCUGAUAAAGCUGACGCAGCCACCUGCCGUUCUUGACUGCAUUUUCGAGAUGCUGAACAGAGUACAGCUAUAGUUCCCUACUCCAUUUGGACAACAGAAAUCUGUGAUUGGUGCAAAUUGCCUCAAGGUUGGAAGCGAGGUGGUUCUUCCCUUCUAGCAAUGGUCCCCACUGCCAGGAGUGCAUGAUUCUCCUCCUUAGCUGGGAAACGAAAGGUGGUAACGAAAUCAGCUCGCUAAACCUUGGGGACGAGGAGUGAAGGUUUAUACAUAAGAACUCGCAGCUUCUCUGCGAAGAGCAAACCACUGCAGAAUGAGUAAGCAUCAGGGCUAUGUUCGUAGGGUAUCAAGAUUCGAGGCAAGGCAUAAUAGAAGGCGUACUGCCUACAGUGCCCUAUAGCUCUACAAAAUGUGUUUGGCCCCUCUUCCUCGGCUGUCGAUCAGCUGUCGCGCGAGAAGAGGCGGACGAAUCCGUGGGGUAAAUAUGUGAAUACAGGUUGAUGCUCUUGAGAUUUAGGAUUCUAAGACAGUAUACCGUCGUUUGAGGUGUUACUUAGGAUACCUUGUAGGCCUGCAUUAAAUACCGAGAGUGAGUGGGAAAGGACGUUUUCGAGCCUAUUGCACUCAAUUGACGUUGAUAUAAGAAUUCCUUGGGCGUCGCAUCGGAGGUCGUGCUUUGGAAGGAUCGAAACAGCCUCUAGACAGAGAAAAUAUCAUCUUUUAAUUAAACUCAAUUUUUAGAAAUAACCAAAUAACUAC